AUUCUCCUAAUGUCAUAAUAAUGCUUCGCUAUCUUGUAUUUUAUAUUUGUUUGUAAUUUUAAUGCAAUAUUAAUAUUAUUUUAUUUGUAUUAUUUCUGUUACUAUUCCUUUUUUUGUCACGGUAUAGUAAUUAAUUUGUGAUACAGAAAUGUGUGACAGUGAUGAUCCCGGCGACCACAGCCGCUCAGGCAUGGAUUUAACAGGGUUUCUUUUUGGGAAUAUUGAUGAAAGAGGUCAACUGGAGGAUGAUGGUCUGCUUGAUGGGGACUCUAAGCGAAUGCUCUCCUCUCUUACGCGGCUAGGACUCGGGUCCAUGCUUUCAGAAGUCUUGGAAUCCGAAGAAGCAGUUAAAGAGGAAGAAGAAAAAGAUUACUCAGAAAAAUCUCCAUCCGCUGUGGACUUCUUUGAUAUUGAUGAUGCUGCAGAAGACUUGAAAGAGGUAGAAAUAAGCACUAACCAAGAAGCACCUGAAGACACAGAUGUAAAAACAGAGGUAACCGAAACGGCAAAUAAUGAUUUGACUCCUGAGGUAGACCCUUUGAGCGAUUGUCCACAGAAAGAAGAAGAAGUGGUCAAUGAAGAAUGGACGCAGGAAUCAUUCGUUGAAAGUACACAACCAAAUAAUGACGAUGGUUAUGAGGGUGAUAUGGAGGGAGACGGCGGUCUUAUGCCACCACCAUCCACUGUUCCGCAAGCUAAGAAUGAAAAACCUAAGAAACUGGAAACACCCUUAGCUGCUAUGCUGCCCUCCAAAUAUGCAAAUGUUGAUGUUACGGAGCUUUUUCCAGAUUUCAGACCUGAUAAAGUAUUAUUGUUUUCACGUCUCUUCGGACCAGGCAAGUUAUCCAGCUUACCGCAGAUAUGGCGCGGCGUGAAAAAACGUAGGAGACGGAAACGUAGCGGCAGUACCAGCAGUGACACCGCGCCGCCCGACAAUCAAGAGACUCAAUACGCUAGCGACGACGAGGAAAAGUUUCUUAAACCAAUGGAAGAAAGUCAGCAAUUAUCGAACGAGUCGUCCACCCAAGGCUCGGGUGAUAAGACGCAGCGACCAACUCCUGCUCACUGGCGGUUUGGGCCUGCGCAGGUUUGGUACGACAUGCUGAAUGUACCCGAAACCGGCGACGGGUUCGAUUAUGGUUUUAAACUUAAGCCUCCAUCUCCUGAGCGUGAAGAAAAAGAAGAAGAAAAAAUACAAGAAAGUGCCAGUUUAGAUAGCGGUGACAGUGGAUUUCCUGAUGACGCGUUCCUGAUGGUCUCUCAGUUACAAUGGGAAGAUGACGUUAUAUGGGAUGGAAGUGAAAUUAAACACAAGGUGCUAGCCCGUUUAAACAGUAAGAGUAACGCGGCGGGCUGGGUGCCGACGUCGGUGAGCCGCACUGCGCAACAGUUCUCGCAUCCAAGGCCACAAGCGCCAACGCCUUUACAAGCGAAACCGUCUACAGCGGCGACCGGAUCUAAUUCGCAGCCGGGUGGGACUGCCGGUGAAGGCGAAGAUAAUACCUGGUACAGCAUAUUUCCGGUCGAAAAUGAAGAGCUGGUAUAUGGCACGUGGGAGGACGAAGUCAUAUGGGAUGCGGAGAAUAUGAAUAAGAUACCCAAACCUAAGAUAUUGACUUUAGAUCCUAAUGAUGAAAACAUAAUUCUAGGAAUACCUGAUGAUGUAGAUCCAUCAAAAAUUACCAGAGAACGAGGUCCGGCGCCCAAAGUGAAGAUCCCACAUCCACACGUAAAGAAGUCGAAGAUAUUAUUAGGAAAAGCUGGAGUAAUCAAUGUAUUACAAGAGGACGCACCGCCGCCUCCGCCGAAAUCACCCGAUCGUGAUCCGCUGAAUAUUUCUAAUGAUGUAUACUAUCAACCCAAAUCCCAGAAUCCUCGUUUAAAAGUUGGUGGCGGUCAGCUAAUACAACACAGUACCCCCGUUGUAGAACUUCGGUCUCCAUAUAUACAACCUCAUAUGGGGCCGGCGAAAUUGCGUGCGUUCCAUCGACCUGCGCUUAGAAAGAUGUCAUACGGACCGUUGGCUACGCCUGGACCACAUCCUGUGCAGCCAUUGUUGAAAUACAUCAAGAAGAAAGCUAAGCAACGCGAAGCUGAACGUUUAGCAUCAGGAGGUGGUGAUGUAUUCUUUAUGCGGACUCCAGACGAUUUAAGCGGACGGGAUGGCGAGCUAAUACUAGUGGAAUUCUGUGAGGAACAUCCACCUCUUCUUAGCCAAGUUGGUAUGUGCUCCAAAAUCAAGAACUAUUAUAAAAGGACUGCCACCAAGGAUGCAGGGCCGAAAUCGUUGAAGUACGGCGAAGUGGCAUACGCGCAUACAUCGCCAUUCCUUGGUAUUUUGAUGCCUGGCGCUACUCAGCCUGUUGUCGAGAAUAAUAUGUACCGAGCACCCAUAUACGAGCACGCGUUAUCACAGACUGAUUUCCUUAUUAUCAGAACUAGGCAAGCAUAUUACGUGCGUGAGGUCGAUGCUUUGUUUGUGGCGGGUCAAGAAUGUCCGCUUUAUGAAGUUCCUGGCCCCAAUUCCAAAAGGGCAAACAAUUUUGUCCGAGAUUUUUUACAAGUAUAUAUUUAUAGGCUCUUCUGGAAAUCCAAAGAUAAUCCACGUCGUAUCAAAAUGGACGAUAUAAAGAGAGCUUUUCCAUCACAUUCAGAAAGCUCAAUCAGAAAAAGGCUGAAGUUAUGUGCGGAUUUUAAAAGAACUGGAGUGGAUUCGAAUUGGUGGGUGAUAAAACCAGACUUUCGAUUACCGUCCGAAGAGGAGAUCCGCGCUAUGGUCUCCCCAGAACAGUGUUGCGCCUAUUUUAGUAUGGCGGCCGCUGAACAAAGGCUUAAGGACGCAGGAUAUGGAGAGAAAUUUAUAUUUACACCGCAGGAGGACGAUGAUGAGGAGAUGCAAUUAAAGAUGGAUGACGAGGUAAAAGUGGCGCCCUGGAACACAACUCGAGCUUACAUACAAGCUAUGCGCGGCAAGUGUCUUCUCCAACUGACUGGUCCAGCGGAUCCUACGGGCUGCGGCGAAGGUUUUUCAUACGUGCGGGUGCCAAAUAAGCCCACGCAACAGCCCAAUGAAGAACAGCAACCUAAACGCACCGUUACCGGAACAGAUGCUGACUUGAGGAGGCUCAGCUUGAAUAACGCUAAAGCUUUGUUGAGGAAGUUUGACGUGCCGGAAGAAGAGAUCAAGAAAUUAUCUCGAUGGGAAGUUAUCGACGUAGUAAGAACAUUGUCGACGGCUAAAGCUAAAGCUGGUGAAGAAGGAAUGACGAAGUUUUCGAGAGGAAAUAGGUUCUCUAUUGCUGAACAUCAAGAAAGAUACAAAGAAGAAUGUCAGCGUAUAUUUGACCUGCAAAAUCGAGUACUACAAAGUACAGAAGUGCUUAGUACUGAUGAGGCAGAGAGCUCCGUCAGUGAGGAGUCUGAUUUAGAGGAGAUGGGAAAGAACUUAGAAAAUAUGCUUGCAAAUAAGAAAACUACAGAACAGCUGUCAUUAGAAAGAGAGGAAGCGGAAAGAGCGGAACUCCGGAAAAUGAUUUUAGGACAGUCUGAAAAGAAGCCACAAAUUAAUCAGUCUGAUCAACAGCAAACUUCCAAUCAAGGUCGUGUGCUGCGUAUUGUGCGUACAUUCCGUAAUACAUCAGGGCAGCGGUACACCCGUGUAGAAUUAGUACGGAAGGCGGCAGUCAUUGAGGCAUAUACAAAGAUACGCUCCACAAAAGAUGACGCUUUUAUAAGACAAUUCGCCACAAUGGACGAGACACAGAAAGAAGAGAUGAAACGAGAAAAGAGAAGAAUACAGGAACAAUUAAGGCGUAUAAAGAGGAAUCAAGAGAAAGAAAGGCUAGCUGGAAAUGUUUCAGUGUCUGCAUUCCCAGGCGAUAGUAACAUGUCAUCAGGAGAUUUGGGUUCGCCAUCUCCAGGCUUAAUACCUUUAGGUCAAAUAAAACAAGAGCCAGAUUUGCAUACGCCUUCACGCCGCCGCGCUAAAUUGAAACCGGACUUGAAAUUGAAGUGCGGUGCGUGCGGACAAGUCGGCCAUAUGCGUACGAACAAAGCGUGUCCGUUGUAUACGGGGGCAACAGGCGGAGGGCCAGCGUCACCACCCGACCUGGACGGCGAUCUACCACCGGAACCUGAUGACGACGAUCUCGGCUAUGUCGACGGCACCAAGCUCACACUGCCUUCGAAAAUCAUUAAGCAAUCUGCGGAAGAGUUGCGACGUCGGGGUAGUGGAUCGCGUCGCGGCGAUUUCCGUAUGGGCUUCAUGGGCGCGGGUAUGGGUCCACGCGGCAAGCGGCGUGGUGGAGCCAGCGAGUCGUGCGACUACCUCGUGCGGCGGCCCGCCGAGCGGCGUCGCACUGACCCGCUAGUGACGCUCUCCUCACUGCUGGAGGACGUGCUGAACCACAUGCGUCACCUGCCCGACGUGCAGCCCUUCUUGUUCCCUGUCAAUUCCAAGAUGGUAGCAGAUUACUAUCGUAUAGUGUCACGGCCUAUGGACCUGCAGACCAUCAGGGAUAAUCUACGACAGAAACACUACCAGAGCAGGGAAGACUUUUUGGCAGACGUCAACCAAAUUGUUGAGAACUCAACUCUGUAUAAUGGAACAACGAGUAGUUUGACAGUCGCAGCGCAGAGGAUGCUUCAGCGUUGUGUUGAGAAGUUGGCUGAAAAAGAGGAUCAGAUAAUCAAAUUGGAGAAACAGAUCAACCCCUUAUUGGACGAUAAUGACCAAGUGGCGUUGUCAUUUAUAUUUGAUAAUUUGCUGACAACGAAACUAAAAAUAAUGCCGGAAGCGUGGCCGUUCCUGAAACCCGUCAACAAGAAACAGGUUAAGGAUUACUAUAAUGUUAUAAAGAAACCUAUUGACAUGGAGACUAUGGGAAAAAGGAUUCAAGCUCAUAAGUAUCAUAGUCGAGAAGAAUUUUUACGCGACAUACAAUUACUUGUGGAUAAUUGCCGCGCAUACAAUGGACCUAACUCUCAGUUCACAAGGCAAGCCGAGGAGAUAUUGAAAGUAACGCAAUCAGCAUUAGAUCAGUUUGGCGAAAAUGUGAGUCAAUUAGAAGCAAAUAUUGCUCGAGUGCAACAGAAGAUGUUAGAAGAUGCUGAGCAUUCAGAUUUAGAGCCAGAGGAGUUGCCGACGCAGUCUGACGAGAAGCGCGGUAGGGGCCGUCCAAGGAAGCAUAAGCCAUCCACAUCGACAACUACUAGUGAUGGUGCUACGCCUAGGAAGCGUGGCAGACCUAGGAAAGACCAGAAUUCCUUAGUGGAAGAUCUUCAGUACUCUGACAGCGGUAGUUCGGAAUUAGAAGAGGUGGAACAGAAAGAUGCCGCAGAAGCCAUGGUACAACUGUCUGUUCGUCCCGAGGACGAUAUACCUUCGAGCGAUAUGCCUUUCGACACGUCAGAGUUCCUAAUCAAGCGGGAAGUACCUGAUGAGCCUCCACAACCAUCUGACGACCUGGUUGACCUAGACCGUGUUGACCCCACAGAUUAUACAUAUCCAACUGUUGUUAAGGAGGAGCCCAUUGAACCAGACAUGAACAUGGAUCCUCCAAUGAUGGAUGGCUCCUCAAUAGAGCCGCCGCAGUUCAAGGAAGAACCACCAGAAAACUGGCAGCCUGAUCCUGCCAUACAAGUAAGCAAAGAUUUGCAAGUAACGGAUAGCGAGGAAGAAGCUGAAGAUGGACUAUGGUUUUAAAUAUAUUAUAUAAAUAGGAUGGUUGUAAUAUGUUAUAUGAAGAUAAUAAUUAUAAAAACAGAAUAUUAUAUAGAUUCAUAUUGAUUU